UUCUUGCAAUGUUUAAAAUGUUAAUUAUGUUUAUGUUUUGAAUUUCAUCAGUCAAAGUUAAUUCAUAUCUUAUCCCUACUUAUUUUUUUUAUUAAUUGCUGUCGUUAUGAAUGGUGAAAGUUCUUCCAUCAGGCAACAAUUAGCUUCUUCAUGUAAUGCCCUCGUCAAAUUUUUUGAGUUUGUUACCCAAAAGGGGUUUACAGUUGCUGGUGUUUUCAGUGAUCCUGUCCUUGGUGAAAGAACAAGGCGAGCAACCGCUGUUUUUGACAUCCUUUCAAAUUUUUUGAACAACAUCGUCAAGAAGGAUAACCAUGCAUCACCUCAACUGGAUAAACUUAUCCUCGAAGCUUCUUGUGUUUACGAGUGGACUUUGCGUUUAUUUCUACACAUAUUUUCUCAAAUCACUCCGUACAGAGAGAUUGAGAAUGUUAAACUUUUCAUCGAAAAAAUUGGCGAUUUCCUGAGACAAAUUCAAAAAAGUGAUGAAGAUCUAUUCAAUUAUUUUAUUCGAGAAAUGAAGGAUCUCGUUACACUUUUAACCAUGUUUUUUGAUACUGAUCGGCUCAAUGUUAAACUCAAUCUCACUCAUUUCAGUAGUAAAAGAUUAGCUCUAGUCACAGUCAAGAUACGAGCAACAGAAGAAUAUUUCGAACCGGACCUUGAAUUCGAUUUCUCGGUGGAAACUAUCGAACAAGUUGAAUCAUUAUAUAUCUGUGCAGUAGAAAUUCUUGCCAAUAUUGGUAAACCUUUCGUCGCCUCUUUAGGAGUAAAGUCUGCUUGUGAGAUGAUGUCACAUCUGGUUACUAAUUGUAUUUCAUUUGCCAGCCCAAAAAUGUUGGCAAAUUCACUAAAACUUUUUCACCGAUUUUAUCCUGUUAAGUGUAUCAAACUCGACCCAUCAACUGGCUUUUUCUACCAAACCUGUUGGCUGACGGCUGCUUUAUUUAAGUCACCCACCAAUAACGAGGAUCUACACUACACUUUAGUGGAGAAAAAUUGGAGCUUGAUAAGCAAACGUUUAGAUUUCGAACUUGAACAGUUAGAAAAUUCUGUUGAUGUCUCUAAAGCAUUAAAUUCUAUCAUUGUUGUUAUGGGCAGUUUUCAUAAAAUGAGCCCUUUAGCAUCAACUAAAUUAGUUAACGAGUCAAUUGCGGUUGUGCUUCAUAAAUUACUAGAUUUGUGUAAAAAAAAUCAAUGGACUUUCCCACUUCCCGAGGACACUGUUUCAUCUCUUCAAAAGUUAUAUUGUGAGAAACUAGCAUAUUCGGUGUCUCAUGAUAGUGUAUGGAUCGCGUUAAUGAAAAGAGUUUUCACUAGAAAUUAUACGGAAAUCUACUCUUCCUUAAAUUUAAGCUUUGAUGGAAUCAGUAAUUCGAAUGUUUCAACUGAGAAUGGUGCCAAUCGCUCUUUUCAUUCUCAAAGUAAAACUUUUUUCGAAGACUUUUGUAAGGCUAACAGCAAAGUAAUAUCUCAAUUCAUAAACGCAAAAUCAUUAGACGACGUUUCUCUUCUUCACAAUAUGUACGCAGUUGAAAGAGAGACAAUCGCCAGCCUACGACUUGAUGGACAUUGUCUUUCGAAUCAAGGAAAUUUCAUGAAAAUGAUGGAGGCAGUAAACUGGAUCUGUGAUUUCACCAUGGCCAAUACUUAUGAUGAAAAAAAGUUCAAAUUUGUAUUAUCUACACUAAUAACUACUGUUAAAGCAAUCAGAGAUUUUAACCCCAAUAACGUUGAUGAUUUGGAGCAAAAAAUUGGAUUUGUUUUCAUGAUACCUCAUGUAGCUGAAACAUCCCCGUUAGAUAUACUUGCUCACAUAAAUAGUGAAUGGACCAAGAAACAUUUGUUCACAAAUGAUGAGCUUAAUAUAUUAUCUCUUUAUGGACUAGCGGUUGCAAACCUUCAAGUUACAAAGUUCGUUUCGAAUAUUCUUCAUUCACAAAUUUGCCGAUGGAAUGGCGAUGAUUAUACUUUUAAUCAAACAUUGACAUUCAUCCUCUUAAAAAAUGAACAAUUAGUGAAUCUUUUCUUCGCAAGCAUUGAAGAUAGAGACAAUAUGAGCUUUAUCGCUAAAAGUAUUGGUUUGGUUACGUGUUUCUUAAGCUCAGCUGAUAAAGGCACUAGUUUCUCAUACAAAGAGCCUUACGAACUUUGUGAUUUAGUUUUUCAUUGUACUGGUUGUGCUGAUUGGGACAAUUCGAAUCAAAAAUCAUCUUUACCUGAAGACGCUGAGUGUAAAUUGAUGGAGAUAUUUCAUGAAAUAGUUGAUACGAAAGAUCCUACCUUACUCAGUAGCUUAGGUAAAUGGAGUGCCUCUAGAGUUCUUCGCCACUGCGGUAUUGAUCGUUCUUUACUUGUUUCGAUAUUUAAACUCUUCUCCAUUGAUGCUAAGGAAGUUGGUGAAGUUUUGAAUUCUGUUUUCUUUCCUUUAAUCAUGAAACCUAUGAAAAGUGGAUCUUUGAAAGUACCUAAAAAAGAAUUGCUCUUUCGUGCCUUUAACAAAGUUUUUGGAACUGUCAGAAAACAUUCAGAAAGUGAUAAUGCAACCGAAAUCACAGAAGUCAACAAUAUAACCUAUCUAUCUACUUAUUUUGAUGAAAGUGAUCUUAAUCAUGUUCUCAUUGUCUUUUUCCGUAAAGUUUGGUCCAACUCAAGUUUAAAAGAUCACAUUCGAGAACAGAUGAUAUUCAUCGCUCGUUCUCGUGGACUUGAGCUUCGAAGCCUAUUUCUACGCUAUAAAAGUACUAUUUCUAACCAACUCAUAAACAUUGUUAUGGAUGAAGUUGUUCCGGAUGAUGCCCUUCGAGGAUGGCUCUGUCUACGAGAAGCUUUAAUGCUGUUUGCAGCUAGUCAAGAUGAAAGUGCCUUAAAUCCUCUUUUCACCAACUCUUUACUCUAUUUCUUCUGUGCCAUGGUUCAAAAAGCUAAUGACCACGCUCAUGCCCUGCUAGAAAACUUUUUUACACAUUCAGAUCUUACAGCCUCUUUCUUAACUGCUGAAUAUGGUUAUGGGCUUCCUCGUCAAUUUGUAGCACAAUCUUCGAUUGAGGCUGUAGAGAAAAGCUUGAAAUUCGUUAAAAAGAUCAACCAUUAUGAAGCUCUUGCCAGUAUCUUUCGAAAUGAUUUUCACAAUUCUAUGCUCAUUGAAUAUCAUCGAAAUCCUCGUAUUGCAGCUUACGUUGUCUACAAGAUUUAUAUUUCAGAAUCGUGUUCAAUUGAGCAAGAAAAUUUUCAAGACACCAAAUUCAUAAUAAUGCUUGAAGCUCAAAUGGGACCUUUCAUUAUUGCUUUGAAUAGGUUUUUAUUGAAAUCUGGCGACGUUUUGGAAGAUAAAAGACUAGCUGUAGAGAGUCUUGGAGAUUUCCUAAAUCUUCUUGGUCCUCGAAAAGUGCCAGCAUUCAAGAUGAACAUUAUGGGGAUUCUGUUGACAGCUUUCAAUCAGGCAAAUGGUGAGACUGCUUUUCUCAAAACUUUACUGAAGAUAUGGAAUCAAUUCUUAAAUUCAUGUGGACCUAACGACAUUGGACCUCAUCUAUCAGUAAUUUGUAAAGACUUGUCGCCUUAUUUUGACGUGGACCCACAAGCUACAGCAAAAAUAUUUAAAAGAAUAGUAGUCGACAAUGAAAAUAAUCUGAAUGACAGGUUUAAGGAGCUUCACUUUCUUCCAAAAGUAUCUUAUAUGAAAGAAGUUCAUGCCGUGUUAUCUAAAUAUUUAAUAACCAAAUCACCUAAAGAUCCCAACGAAGCUCGCGACUAUUUAAAAGAAAAUAUUCGUUACUUUGACCAACUUUUCAACAUAAAUAAUCCAGAUGUUAAAGCCUUACACGUCAAGAAGUUGACCAGUAUACUAUCCGAGUUCAAGAAAGCUUUGGCUUACCUUUGCUUACCUAACAAAGAAGCUUCCACAGACAUAAUAAUUGCCAAAAUUAUACGAAAAUUACUCAUAAGCUCUCAAAUAUCUGAUACCAACUUAUUGAUAAGCAUAGCUGAGUGUCUUGGUGAAAUCGGUGCCAUCGAUCCUGGACGUCUCGAUUUGUCUCUUCUCUCUGCCCAUCAAAUCUCUGACGGUGGCUUCAUUGAAUUUUCAGAUUUACCGGUAACCUUAUUGUCUAAACUUGCCAACACUUUGGACUCUAUUGAUCAAUCUCGUAUACGAGAUUGUCUCUGCUAUUCAAUCCAAGAGAUCUUGAAGAGUUAUUCUGUUCGAGAAAACGAUGACAUUUGGUCUAGAUUACCAACUGAUGUUCAACGUAACAUUAAACGAUUUUUCACCACAAAGUAUAUAUUCAAGGAAGAAGGAGGAAUUGUAAACUCUCCUGUUUUUCAUGCUGAAAUUACCUAUGAUGAUUGGCUUUAUAAAUGGUCCAUGAUAUUGAUUGAAAGAAUUGAAAGAGUUACUCAUCAAAGGGCAUUCGAGGCUUGUUUGGCCAUCAUCAAAUAUAAUUCGACCAUUGCUCGAUUCUUGUUACCAACUAUAUUUUGGAUGGCCCUACUUGAUUCCAAUGAAGCAACUAUAAAAACUUAUAUAAUUGGUGAAAUAAAUGCUAUUAUCGAAAUACAGUCUAUGGAUGAACCAUUUGGUGAGGCAGCACUUGUUCCCGCAUCAUCUUCUUCGCCCCGAAAUGAUAAUUCUCAAAAUCGAAGCGAAUUUAAUAAAAUUCGUUUAAAAUGUGCUCGAACUAUUUUUGCCAUCAUCGACGGGAUAUCUCAAUUGAAAAGUAAAAUGUUCCCUUCAGCCAGAAAGCUCUCUGCAGAUGAUGUUGAAACGAAAUCUAAAAUAGAGUUACUGGAAAAUAAUUUGAAAAAAACUGAAUUGGCUGAAUUGGCAUUCGAGUGUCAAGCUUAUGCUCGGGCUCUGCUUUACAUGGAGGAUUAUAUUUGGAAAAAUAGAGACGCAUUAUCAGAUAAAUUAGUGUAUUUCCAGAAAUACUUUCUAUCUUUAGAUGAACCAGAUGGAGUUGAAGGAAUUAAUGCAAUCAGAGAUGGACCGGCCUCGUUAAUGGAUACAAUACUUUACCAUGAAGCUAAUAGUGAAUUAAACUACUCCUUAUCUGGUUGUGAGAUUGCCAUUAAGAAGGAACCUGACAAUUUAAUGUAUCCUAAAACGCUACUUCGUUGUUUGAUGAAUCUCGACCAACAUGCCACUGCCUUUAACUAUGCAACUGGCUUAAUACAGCGUAAGAAACAGUGGUCAGACGAAAUUUAUCCUUACAUGGUUGAAGCGUCGUGGAAACUUCACAACUGGGAUGAUCUUGAACUGAUGUUACGAGACAACGAAUCACUUGAGUGUGACUCCCUUGGUGUUAACAUCGGUCAUCUAAUCGACUGCAUUCAUUCAAAAGAUGAAACUAACUUCAGAAAAAUGCUGCGAGAAAUCCGUAAACGGGAAAUGGAUCCUUUAUCUAUUUCAUCAUCCGAACAAGGGGCUUACAUUAGAUGCUAUCAACAUAUUUUAAGACUUCACAUGCUCACAGAUAUUGAAAAAUUUGCACAGUUUGUUUUUAAACACAAUGAAAAAAAAGCAGAUGUUCAAAUUCAAAAUGACUUCUUUAAUUUAAUUCAUGACUGGAUUCGACGUAAUAACUUGGUUCAAUCAUCUCUUCGGUGUCAGGAGCAAGUGUUCAAUCUACAACGGGUAUUGCUUUCUCUUCAUAAUGUUUUGCCUGUUCAGACCGACUUGGAAAGAGCACAAUGUUCGUUAUCCAGUGCCAAGCUGGCUCGUAAAAGUUUAAAUUUACAACGUGCUUAUACCCAUCUCGUCGAAAGUCAAGAUCUGAUAAAUAGCAAUAAUCUUCCUAUCAGUCUUGCUAUGCAUUUAUCAAUCGAAACUGCUAAAUUUCAUUGGGCUAAAGGUGAUCAAGAGUCAAAAGAACACUGUAUCAAAGAAUUGAAGCGUGAACUCGAAAAAUAUGAAGCUAUGAGUGAUCUUCAAACAGCAGAUCGCAUCAAGUUAGCCAAGUUAAAACUACUCUUCACUAAAUUCUCCGAGAAAUUGUCAAACCUUAAUACUGAUUCUUUGAAUUCAAUGUAUCGACAAAUAAUUAGACAUUUAAAUGAAUCUAGAGCAACAGGUGAGGUAGAAGAACCCUACUUUUGCCUUGCUCGUUUCUCUGAUCGGUUGAUGAAAGAAAUGGAACCUAGAAAUCCAGAAAGGCCUAAACUUAUGGUAGUGGUUGCAAAACACUAUUCACAAGCUUUAAAAUAUGGAUCCAAACAUGUUUAUGAGUCAAUGCCUCGUCUUCUGUCUAUUUGGUGUGAUUUGGGAUCUUCUGCUGCAGAGUUUUCUAAGACAAAAUGUGCUAAAAUUUUAGAAACCAACUAUACUGAGUCGUGUACGGAAUUGACAACUUUCCUUGAAAAAUGGAAAGAUAGCAUUUCCUUGCACCUUUUUUUCACGGCCUUUUCGCAAUUACUUUCUAGGAUUUGUCAUGGCAACUCUAAAAUUAGUGAAAUUUUGAUGAAUAUCCUUGCAAAGCUCGUCAAAGAAUAUCCGAACCAAUCAAUGUGGAUGUUGAUUGGAGUUUUGAUGAAUCGUAAAAAUAAAGCUCGAGCUGAUAAAUGUGCUGAAAUCAUUCAAAAAGCGGUUGGUCCUGAAAAUAAAAGACUGAUUAAAUUAGUUAAAGACAUGAAAACUUUCGCUCUUCUUUUGAUCAGGCUUUGUAAUUGUGAAACUCAAGGGAGGCAAUUUCACGUUAAAAGUGCAGUUCCAGAAUUGAACCAUGCUCUUAAGAGUAACUUGGGUCCAAUUAUGUUACCUUAUCAAGCUUUCAUGAAUGUCCGGAUGAAGAAUAAAUUCGAGUCAUCAGCCACAUUUCGCCCCUUUCCCACUGACCCUGUUUACAUUCAAACUUUUGAUGAUUUAGGUGAAGUACUUUCCUCACAAGCAAGACCUAAGAAAGUGGUCAUAAAUUGUAGUGAUGGUAAGAAAUAUAGCGUCAUGUGCAAACCUAAAGAUGACCUACGAAAAGAUGCGCGAACAAUGGAAUUAAAUAACUUAAUUAAUAGACUCUUGAAAAGAGAUCCUGAAACACGAAAGAGAGGGCUACACAUACGAACUUAUACCGUUGUACCUCUGGAUAAUGAUUGUGGUCUUAUCGAGUGGGUUAAAAAUUUGCAGAGUUUACGUGAAUCUAUUCAAAUAGCCAAAGCAUUCCGUUAUCCUAAUCAAGUUUAUCCUGACAAUAAAGAAAUUCUGCAAAUCAUACCAAUGGAUUUCACCAAAAAAGCUUCAGCUGACGAGAUAGUUAAAAGAUUUGCCAUAAUUGUGCAAAAACAUUCACCUACAGUCUUGGGAGAAUGGUUUAUUCAAACAUUUCCUGAUCCAACUUCGUGGUACAUGGCUAGACUUGCUUUUACUCGCUCAGCUGCUGUGAUGAGUAUUGUUGGCUACAUAAUAGGACUUGGAGAUAGGCAUCCGGAAAAUUUCUUGCUUGACUCAAGUAAUGGGGAAGCCAUGCAUGUCGAUUUCAAUCUAAUCUUCAAUCAAGGUGAUCUUCUAGAAAUCCCUGAAAAAGUUCCCUUUCGUUUAACUCAAAAUAUGAUUGCUGCUAUGGGAGUAACUGGUUAUGAAGGCGCUUUUCGAAAAACGUGCGAAGUGACACUUCGUUUGAUGCGAGAGAAAAAAGAAGCCCUGAUGAGUGUUCUUCAACCGUUUGUUUACGAUCCUUUAUGCGAAUGGAAGAAGGCCAAUCCAAGAGCUCGAACUUCAACAGCUCGGAGUAGUUCAAUCGAUUCAGAACUGGUUGAAGCAACAAAUACUAAGGCUUUGGAAUAUGUCGGUAAAAUAGAAGAUCGUCUUGAUGGAGUAAUUAAAAAGAACACUAUGCCAAUAUCCGUAUCAGGGCAAGUACGAUAUCUGAUUGAAGAAGCGACAAGUAUGGCGAAUCUUGGUCGUAUGUUUGUAGGCUGGUCAGCUUAUUUAUAAUUCAUUGAUUACUAUCCAUGUAAAUUAACCAAAAAAAUUAUCACCCAUUGGACUGCAUAAACUGCAAUUUCAAUUUUAUCACCUAAAAGUGCCUCGCACUGUAAGAUUUAUUUAAUUUUUGGAGCCAAAAAAUCAUGACAAUCAAAAAGACAAGUGAAUACUUUAUUUAUGCUAAUUUCACCAGAGACUUCAACUGUUGGAAAGUAAUAAAGAGCUAAUAAUCCAUCAAUUUAGACAGCACAAAAAUUUGAUCUUUCAAUGUUUUUAAACCCCAAAUGUAAAAGAUAAUUCGUUCCAUUUUUUCUUAACAUAAAGUGUAAUUUCCUAUUUUGUUAUCUCUUGAAUAAUACCUUUCAGUUAAUUGUAUUUAUUCAUCGUUCUGCUUAAAGUCACCAAAUAAUGAACAGACAUCUCAAAAAACAACUGUAAAACAAGAUUCCUACAAAAAUCAAGUUUAUGCCCUUUUUAUGAUACUUCAGUUAACGUGUAAAAAUAACAGGAUCGUUUGACCAUACCGGUUUUGUUCCUUCUAUCUCCUUUAAAAUGUCUUCCCAACUUACAGAUCAACAGGUUAAUCUAUUUUUGAUUCAUUUUAUGAGUUGGAAAAUUACUAAAAUGAAAAUUUAAAAUUUAUGUUAACAAUUA